GAGACAGCACCAUUACAAAUUAUGUGACCAGGGCACCGGUUGUCAAGUCAUAGAUUAUGCUGACGACAUAGCAAUCGCAGCAACGGGCAAACAUCUGCAAGUCCUGAGUGAAUUAUUGCAAAAUGCACUCAGUCUUGUAAACGUCUGGUUCAAGGAAUGUGGACUUAGCGUCAAUCCUACCAAGCCCGAGAGGGAUAAUAGAUGCGCCCACAAAGACGAAUUCGGCACACAGCGUGUCUACAAGAAGACCUCACCAAAUUGUGUGCUUACCCUGUAUUUACCAUCACGUGAGAUUACACUCUCCGGCAAUAAUCCAGCUAUACUACGUGGAAUAAUCUAUGUGGAUCCAAAAGCGAUACAAGGUUACCGAGUUUAUGCACAGUUAACUUUGACAUUUCGCUAUGGCCGCGAGGAUGAAGAAGUGAUGGGUUUACGUUUCUGCAAUGAGGCCAUCAUGUCGCUGCAUCAAGUUUGGCCCAGGAAUGAAGAGCCGGCGCUUGAGUCGCUUAGUCCACUGCAGGAAGCCUUAGUGAAACGUCUGGGCGAUGGUGCGCACCCAUUCACGCUCACCUUAACGCCACAAGCGCCACCCAGCGUACAAUUAGUGCCGGCAAAACGCUACUAUGGCGCACCAAUCGGCACCAGCUACGAUGUGCGCUGUUUCAUAGCCGACAAAACGGAUGAGAAAUUCCACAGACGCGCCUCGGUUAAAAUGGGCGUACGCGUCAUCUAUCGCACCGAUGUGUAUAAUCAUGGCAAUGGUCCGGAGAAUUUUGCUGCACUCAUCAAUAGUCAGGGCGCCUCACCGCCUCUAACCGCUGCUCUAACCUCACCGCCAGCCGCACUCACUAAUACUGGCUUACCCUUGGUGCACACACAAAAUGGCAACACUACACCUGCCUUGUCGUCGGCACUGGGUGGCAGUUGUAGCGCCGAUAGUAAUGCCAGUUUUGAUGGUAGCGGUAGUGGUGGUGGUGGUGGUGGUGGCGGUGGCGGUGUUGCGGUUCUUGCAUCCACCAACGCUGGCAGCGAUCGCGUAACACCAACACAGCCAACUACACAGAGUCAUGCCAAGCCAAAGAAGUCGGAGCGCGGUGAUUCGUUUCCUAAGUUGCGUCUCUCGCCGAAAUCGUUUCGCUUCAGCGGUCGCUUUGGACGCAGUAAAAGCGAAAUUGAGAAAUGUCCCAAUGAUCCGUUCUACAACUAUAGUAAAUCAUUUCAGGAGUACGAUUGCACUGCUGUGGGCAAUGUAGCCGCACCACUUUCUGCCUCGCCUGGUGGCGUCGGUUGCGCAUUUGGCGGUGUGAUUGGCGGUAAUGCGGCUACUGCCAUGGCUGGUGCGCUUAGCGGCGGCGGUGGACCACAGGGUGCGGUGGACAAACCAUUUUUGCUGCAGGAUGGACGUGUCGGCUUGCGAGCGAGUCUCGAUAAGGCUUGGUAUACACAUGGCGAGGAUGUCUGUGUGACGGUGAAUAUAAAGAAUGAUAGCCGCAAGACAGUGCGAAAAGUACGGGUCUGCGCCAUCCAACACGUCGACGUCUGCAUGUUCAACAAUGGCAAAUUUAAAAAUAUCGUCGCUGACUCCGACACCCAUUCGCCCGUGGAUCGCACUGUUGCGCCCGGUAGCACGCUAAACACCACAGUUAUACUCAAGCCACAACGUGGACAAACCAAGAAUUGGAUUGCGCUCGAAGAUACACUACAGCGUAGUACCGAACCCGAGGAGAUACAUGGCGUCAUAGCCGCUUCAGCGAUACGUUCGCCGAAUUUAAUACUCGCACCCGGGCAGGCGAUUAAUCCUUGUCCCAGUCCCGCUGUGGGCAUACCACAACCCACAGGCUACCAUGGACAUGGCGUGUCCGGCAAUGUGGGCGACGAUCGCAACGUCUUCGCUAUUUAUGUUUCCUACUAUGUAAAAGUAAAGCUAACCUUGAGCGGCAUGGGUGGUGAACUAUCGCUGAAGUUACCCUUCGUAUUGGUGCACGUAGAGGAGCCGAAAGUGGAGCACAAGGUUGAGCGGCUGGCGCUGGAUGAUGUGCCGGCGGGUAAGAAAAACGGCGGUAAAGUGAAAAGUGGCAUCGGCGCGACACCGACGGGCAUAGCAGGCUCACGCAAGGAUGGAAAUGGACGGGUGAGUGCGCAUGCGCAACAGCUCGAUCGCAUCGAGUCGGUGGAUGACGAGCUGCGUUUGCCAAUACCGGAGGCAGUCACACCAAGCGCUGCGCCAAGUGGCAGCAACAAACGAAAGCUGGUGCGCAGUGAAACUUUGGCUAAAGAUUUGGAUGAGGAAAUAGAAGAGCAGGCUGAAAUGGAAGCAAGAAAGUCUACAAUUUCCACAGAGGAGAGUGUGACAAAAGAAGGCGAUGGAGAGCUGGAACAGGUGCAUGUGGUGCAAAUACACACGCACGGUGCGGUUGCUAAAGAAACGAAGGUGGUGGAGUGUAAGCAGCAGGAGCAGGUGGAAUCAAAGGUGAAAGAAGAUGUAAAGCCACUAGAUGCAGAGGAGGUACAACAGCAGUUACAAGUUGAGCCCAAAAAUGAAGAAGCGAUUAUUGAAGUAGCGUCAAAGAUGGAGCUGAAUUCGAAAUUGGUAGAGGAAACGCCUAACGUCGAUGACCGUAAAACUGCUCAUAUGACCAAUGUGUGAUUCUCAUUUCUACGCGGCAUGUUUCACAAGAAACGACACACGAAGUAGGU